UUAAUAUUAAAAAAACAAUAAAAAAUAUAUAUUUCGCAAAAUUCGUGUGAGUGAUCAUACAGAUCAUACAUAUUUUUUAAAAACAAAUAACACAAAAUUUAUUGCACUCAAAUUUAACAAUAAAUUAUUCAAGUAAACAAAACAAUGAUAUUAUCCUGUAAAUAAUCAAAAUAAAUUGACAAAUCAAGUGUCAAAAAAUUGUGUCAACAAACAAUUGUUGUUGUUAUUAUUAUUGCUAAAAAAUUUCCAUUAAAUUAUUUACAUAUUUUUGUUGUUUUUUUGGUAUUUGUUAAAUAUUUAUUUGUACAGUUUACAAGUGACAGUUUAUAUUUGUAAUAAAAAGCUAAUUGGAUUCAUCAAAAUGACUGAAAGUUUGGUAAAUGAGUGGCUUGCUGAUUGUGCUGAUCAUUCACCAGCUGAAUUGCACACAUUUGCAAAUACCCUGUCACAAGAUCAUGAAAUAAUUAGAGCACUUUUUACAUUAUUAGAAGAAAGAAGUAAAAAUAGUGAACUUGUUGAUACUGUUUGUAAUCAGCUAUUUGAUUUUUAUCGAUCACGUGAAAUUCAUUUGCAAAGAUUUACUCUUCAAUUUGUACCAACAUUGAUAUUUAUUUAUCUAAAUUCAGUUGCUCAUGGUGACAUUAAAAAUUGUCGUUCUGUGGAGACUUUGUUGAUUGGACUUUACAACCUUGAAGUUGUUGAUAAAUCUGGUGAAAAUAAAGACAUCUCAUUUCGUUUACCAUCACUGGCUAUGUUGUCAAUUUAUCACGAGCCAUCAAGUCUUGCUCCAGCAUCACUGACAGAAAGUGCUGUUCGUCGUUUUGAAGAGUGUAAUACAAAACUUGUUAGAUGGGGUCCACUUGAACAAGUUGAAACGUUAAAUGCACAAAAUAGACUUAAAAUAAUGACUGCAUUGUUGUUUGUGUUUAAUCAACAAUUGAGUUUUAUCAAAAAAUCAUCACUUGAACAACUGUGCAAAGUAUCAUCAAAACUAGUUACACAAGGCUUUACAAAACCAGGACAUCAUCAAAGAUCAUCCUAUGGAAGUGAAUCAAGCUUUGUACCAAGAUUACUUCCACGUAUACCAAUAUCAAAUCAAUUUAUUCUUGAGCUUCUACAUGGCAUUUAUUUUUCAAUGUACAAUGAUUGUUGGAAUGUUGGUUGCCAAGCAAUUGAAGAUAUACACAAUAGAAUAUGUUACGAUGGUUAUUCCAAUGUAUUACUUGUUACAAAUGCCAUUAGAAAUUCAAUAAGUCUUGGACCAAUUGGACAAGCUAGUGAUAAUUCACUUGGUGUUGAUGUUGCUCUAUCACCAGCUGCAGCAACACCAACAAUUUCAAAAUCAAUGAUAACAAAUGCAUCAUUUAGAACAAAAAAAUUACCAGACGAUCUGGAUGUAAAUCUGUUUGAACCAAUUGAUCAAAAAACAAUUGAUGAAAAACCACAGUUAUCAGCACCAUCAUCAGGUAAACGUCGUGUUUGGUUACGUAAACAUACACAACAAUCAUUUGAUGAUGAUGAUAUUAAUAUUAUUAAAAGUUGUACAUCAUCAAUUGAUAAUUCACGAAGAGAAAGUUUAGCAAGUAGUCAUGGCUCACCAAAUCGUUCAUCACCUAAAAAAAUACGUGAUAAAAAAUUUGAUAAUACUGGAGAAUUAUUGUCAUCUGUUGAUGUUCAUAGAAGAAGAAAAGAUAAAGAUAAAAAUACAUCACCAGGAAAUGAAAGUAGAUUAUCUGCUGGUGCUAGAUUAUACAGAGUUCUUGAAGAACAAUCACUUGGUGAUAAAAAUAUUGCAUCACUUGACAGUUUAUGAUAUUCCAAUUGUUGAGAAAGAAGACAGCACUGUUGAUGCAAAAGUAAAUUUAGUAUCAAUAACUGAAGAAGAAGCAUCAUCGGAUCCAACAAGAGUUGGUUCAAUUCGUCAAGCUCGUGACAGCAAUAAAAGUGCAUCUAAAAUAACAAAUUUUAGCUUAACUAAAAAACCAAAAGACAAAGAUAAUAAUAAUGGUAAGAUUAAUAAAAAUGGAUAUACUCCAAAUGAUAAAGAUAAUAAUAAUAAAAAAUCAAAUAAUCAAUUAUCAAAUAAUAAAGAUAAUAUAAAAGGUAGUAAAGUUAUGUUAAAUAUUGAUGAAAGUGAUGGAACAAUACCAUUAGCCACAAUUAAAAAAAGAAAUGAUAGUGAUACUAAUUCAAUAAUUAUUGAUAAUGAACGUCAUUUGUCAAGUGAUACAAAUGACAGUGUAGAAACUGAUGAUACAAUUAGAAAUCAAGAUGAGCAAACUGUAUCAACUGUUCAAGUUAGCUCAGUCUAAUCAAUCAAUUAUAAAUUGAAUCAUAAAUUAAUUAACACAAAUCAUCAUUUAAUUAAAAAUUAAUUUUUCUAAAAAUUUAAAUUCAGCUAAUUUACGUUAAUUAAAUAAUUAAUUAAAUUUUUUUUUUUUUGAUAAGGAAUACUUGAAAAAUAAUUGAGAAUAUUCAAUUUGAAUUUUGUUUGUUCAUUUAAAAUAGAAAACAAUUAUCACUGCCACCCUAAGAAAAAAAAAAUUAAUAAUUUAACAAUUAUUUUUAUUUUAAUUAUUGUUAAUUUAAUUAUCAUACUCAAAUUAUUUUAUUGAAAAAUUUAAUAAUAAUUAUUUGUAAAGCAAUAUUUGUAAAUAUAAUUAACAAUAAAUUAAUUUAUUGAUUGCAGUUAUAAUAAUUGUUCUUGGAUGUUUUAAAUAUCCAUUAAAAAAAUUGAUAAAUUUGAGCAUGUUAAAAUUUAAAUUGUUGAUUAUAUAUAAGAUGUAUAUAUAAUAUUAUUAUUAAUUUUAAUAAACUAUUUCUCGUUGCUUUGUGGCCUUUAAAUUACUAUCAAAAAUUAUAUUCUAUCGAAUUUAAUUAACUGUAAAUAUUAAAAACUGUACUUAAUUAUUCAAAAAAAAAAGAAAAAUUACAAAUUAGCUUGUUAAUAAACAUGCAAAUUAAUACAAAUAAUCAACACAAUAAUAAUUAACAAUCAAAGACAACUUCAAAGAAAAAUCAAUGUUUAUUUUUUUCUUCAACAAAAUUAUAAUACGUAAUUAUUUUUUUUAUUAAUUAACAUCAUUCCAAAUAAUCUAGUCUGAAAAUUUAAUUUUUAUUUAAUUUUAAAUUAAACCAUGUUACUUAGAACUUUUAAUUAAUAUAUGAAUCAAAUUAUUUAAAGAUAAAUACGUAAUUAUAAACAAAAAAAAAAAAGGGGAAUAGCUGUUAAUUAAUUAAUUAUAACAAUGAAAAAUAUGUAUGUAUGAAAAAAAAUUAUAAUAAAUAUAUGGAAUAAACAA